AUGGAUGGUUCUUGCAAUAUCGUCGUGGUUGUUUUUCUUUGGUUACUUACCUUAUCAAAUGUUGAUUUAUGCAUUUGCAGAACAUCUUAUGAGGUUCAGUGCCUUCCAAGUGAGCGAGAUGCCUUACUUAAGAUGAAGAGUCAUCUCUCAGAUCCUUCAAACAGGCUAACCUCUUGGUCUCUCCAUGCAAAUUGCUGCAGCUGGGUUUCAGUUGUUUGCCACAACAUCACAGGCCAUGUUCUUGAGCUCCACCUCACGACUCCACCUCCUUUACAGUUUGGCGGCGAUGAUUUGUAUGAGACAUUAAUGUUUGGUGGUGAGGUACAUUCUUCCUUGCUUGACUUGAAGCAUUUGAAUUAUUUGGAUUUGAGCAGUAAUUAUUUUGGAGGCAUGCAAAUACCUGGUUUUCUUGGCUCAAUGAAAAGCUUGACAUAUCUUAACCUAUCUCAUGCUGGGUUUGGUGGAAGCAUUCCUCUUCAAUUUUGGAAUCUUUCCAAUCUGAUCUAUCUUGACCUUGGAGGCAAUUAUUUGGAAGGAAGCAUUCCUCAUCAAAUUGGAAAGCUCUCCAAUUUGCAAUAUCUUGAUCUCGGAGGUAUUGAAUCUAGUCUAAGCAUUCCUCGUCAAAUUGGAAAUCUCUCCAAUUUGCAAUAUCUUGAUCUUGGAGAUAAUCAGUUUGGUGGAAGCACCCCCCAUCAAAUUGGAAACCUCUCAAAUCUAAUCAAUCUUCAUCUCGGAUAUGUUGAAAACCUCCAAUGGGUUUCAGCUCUUUCUUCUCUUCAGCAUCUUGAGCUAAUUGAUUUAAACCUAUCCAACACCUUUGACUGGUUGCAGGAUCUACAUUCACUUCCUUCCCUGAGAGAGUUGCACUUGUUAGGAUGUGAUUUGAACCAUCAUUUUGAACCAUCAACCUUAAACUUUUCAUCUUUAGCCAUCCUUCAUCUUUCUGAUUCUGAAUUGGGCACUUCAUUGAUUCCAAAUUGGGUAUUUCAACUGAAAAGAUUAGUUCAUCUUCAAUUAAACAGUAAUGGUUUUCAAGGUCCCAUCCCAGUUAGUAUUCAAAACUUAACUCUCCUUCAACAUCUUGAUUUAUCUGACAAUCAGUUCAACUCUUCUCUUCCUGAUUGGUUGUACAGUUUUAGUCAUUUAAAGUCCCUCAUUCUCUCUCAAAACCACUUGGUUGGCGCAAUUUCUAUGAAUGUUGGAAACUUGACUUCUCUUGUUACUCUUGAUUUAAAUGGAAAUCUUUUAGAAGGAUCGAUUCCAACUUCUAUGGGAAAUCUUUGCAACCUGAAAAAACUGGAUAUUUCAAACAUGAAGUGCAACCAACAAAUUUCUCAAAUAUUAAAAAUUCUUUCAGAAAGAUGUGUUUCUCAUGCACUAGAGAUUUUUUAUAUGAGUGAUUCUCAAUUAUCUGGCCAUCUCACUGACCAAAUUGGUCUCCUUAAAAAUCUUGUUCAACUUGAUCUUUCUCAAAACUCCAUUCAAGGUGCACUUCUUGACUCAUUAGGAAACAUUAAGUCUUUGAUAUAUCUUGAUCUUUGGAACAACACUUUUAAAAGUGCAAUUCCUAUAUCAUUUGGAAAUCUAACAUCUUUGAUGUAUCUUGAUCUCAAUGAAAAUCAACUUGAAGGAAAUCCUUUCAAAAUCCUUGGAUCACUCUUUGAACCAUUAUUGUUGAAAGAAAGGGUUUAUGAUUACAGCUCCAACCUUGGUCUCAUCACUAGUAUCGACUUGUCAAACAAUGAAUUAUAUGGAGAGAUACCAACAGAACUUACAAGACUUAAGGGACUUCAUUUUUUGAACCUUUCAAAUAAUCAUUUUGUUGGCCAAAUUCCUCAAAAUAUUGGCAAUAUGAAAUCACUGGAGACUAUGGACUUCUCAAGAAACCAUCUUACAGGUGAAAUCCCGCCAAGCAUGUUGAAAUUGAGCUUUCUGAGCAUGCUGAACUUGUCUUACAAUAAUUUGAUGGGAAAAAUUCCAACAGGGACCCAAAUACAAAGCUUUGAAGCAUCAAGUUUUGUUGGCAAUUAUGAUUUAUGUGGUCCUCCACUCAAUAAUUGUUCAUCAAACAGCUCCAGCAACAAAGAAGAAGAAGUCCAUCAUGUGAAAGGAAUCAAUUGGUUCUUUGUCAACAUGGCAUUUGGAUUUAUUGUGGGGUUCUGGGCAGUGGUGGGUCCUUUGCUCUAUAGUAGUUCAUGGAAGUAUGCUUAUUUCCAAUUCAUUGAUCGCAUGUGGUAUAAACUGCAAUACCGUUGCUGCUGGUGA